UAUAAAUUGACUAGUUAUUAAAAUGUAUGACAUACUCAUAUAGAAACAUAUAAAAGCUGUAUUAUUUAAACAUUUAAAUAACUGAUGCAAGCAGUCAAUGUUUGCUGUUUUGAAAAUGGAACCAACAAAACUAUUUUUUUUACUCUUCGCAAUGUUACUAGUGCAAGGUACUUACUGCGAAAUUCGUUUAUCAUCCACAUUGGAGGAAAGCAAAAUCGUUGGUGGCCAAGUAACUUCAAUUUCGAAGUUGCCAUAUCAAGUGUUAGUAUAUGCACAUAAUAGUCAAGGGCGUUUCAUAUGUGGAGGAUCAAUACUAAAUGAAAAAUAUAUAUUAACAGCUGCACAUUGUAUUUACGGGAUGCAAUCUGUUGAAGUAGGGGUAGGAUCAACAGAAAGAGAAACAGUAGCGAAAAUACCGCUUAUACAAGCUAAAUGUUUUGUGCAUCAUCCGCUUUAUAAUGCAACCAGCAAUGAUUACGAUGUAGGUUAUUUAAAAUUAUGUAAACCCUUGAAUCUCGAUGGACCAAAAGAGAAAGCGGUCCAUAUAGUACAAGCGGGAUCAAAAGUUCCAGUUGGUGCUAAAGUUACCGUGUCAGGUUGGGGCAAAACUGUUGAAAAUGGAUCCUUAUCUGAUGUUUUAAGAGCAGUGGAAUUGAACAUAAUAUCAGUUGUCGAAUGUCGCAAAUACUAUGGGAAGGAAACCAUUACUCAGCGAAUGAUCUGCGCUGGAGUACGUGAAGGUGGCAAAGAUACAUGCCAGGGUGAUUCCGGAGGACCUUUGGUGUAUUCAUCCACAAGGAAACAGGUUGGAAUCGUGUCUAGUGGAUACGGAUGUGCUCGACCUGGUGUACCCGGAAUAUACACAAACCUUGCCAACCCAGGCAUUAGGAGCUGGAUUAAAAAACACACUGGGGCUUAAAUUCAUCCAAAUGACAUUUUCUUUAUUAUUUGUAACUAGCUGACCCGACAGACGUUGUUCUGUUCAUAAUAAAAAAUCUUGCAAUUUCGUAAAAUCCGUUCUUAGCUGACCUGUACUCGGUGAAAAGAAUAUUCCUAAAAAAUUUCAAGUCUUUAGCUCUAAUGGUUCCAGAGAUAUCGUGAUGAGUGACUAUAUACGUGGAAAUCUCUUUAAUAUAUAUAGAUAAAUAGAACAGUUUAUUAUUUUA